AUGGUGCCAUCUCCGAUGAAAAAGAAAAAGAGCGCCUGGCAUGGCAAGCAGGAUUCAGAAGCAGCUGCUGCAGACAAGCAGCCAAAGACAGCUAGGAGAAAGGGAAAAGUGCGACAAACACAGACGCCGGAGAUUCUCGCGAAGCCUGCAGGAACUGACGGACCUCUCACACCGAGGCCGAAGAAGACCAAAAAGAGGCUCAAGAAGCCCAGGAAGCCAGUUUCAGAAGAAAGUGAGGACAGCCCAGCAGAGUUCGUGCCUGCCCAGCGAAACAUGGACAAGAUUGCUGCCAUGCUUGAGAGGGCUGAGCAGGAAGAGGCCGAGGAAGAAGAAGAAGAAGAAGCACCUGCCAAGCGUCGGAAAGGGCUCAAGGGCCUUAUCGUCACUGGGAAGGAGCUGAAAAAGCAGCAGCGGAAGGAGCGCCAGACGGCCGAGCUGGGCAGACCUAUGACAGCUAAGGAGAAGCUGAAGUUGAAGCUGAAGAAUAUCCGGGAGCACUCGCACCCGCAGCUCAUGCCUCAGGUUCUCGCCUUCUAUUUGGUUACGACCGUUUCCAUCUCAGAUCGGCAGCAGGACCCCCCUCCCGCCUCCAUGAUGACCGUACCGCUCCUCCAUUUUACUUUGAUCCACCUUGGACUCGCGGGUCGGGCAGAGCUCAGCCUCCUGCAGCACACACUGACACUUGACGCACGGGAUGCCGAAAGCCCCAGCGACAUCGCGACGCAGAUGCAGUCCUAUUCACUGUUUGUGAAGUUCCACAAGGUGGCCGGCACCACUUGGCGUAGUUAUGUCGACCGCAUUACCGGGCAACUGGAACCGUGCAGCAGGGACUGUGGGUAUCCAGCUUGGGACUGCCAAGAGUAUUACCCGAACGACGAAGAGGCCUUCGAGAAAUGUUGUAAAGUCCCCUGGCAGAACAUCUCCUGCCCUAGGCCGGGGCUUGCCCACAGCUGCACUUAUCACCAGAGCCUCGCUGUAAUUCGACAGGCUGUGGCAGGGCAAGAGUUGACCACCGUAGCUCCAGACAUGGCAGAUCUGGGGAACCUCUGGCCGAGCUCAGACCGUUUAAAGCUGCUUUGGAAUGUGGACUGGGCUCGUACCUGGCUGCCGUCAGAUUUGCAUAACAAACGCAUUUUGGUCACAACGAUCCUCCGAGAGCCCACGGAGAAAAUCCGAUCCUACUACUACUUCAAGAACCCCAUCGCGUCACGUCAAGGCUUCAAGUCGUUCUUGGAGUUCCGCCGGGAUUUCGUUUCUGGCAACUGGACACAGCAGCAGUUCGAUAGUCAAGCUUCAGGGAAGGACAGAGGGUCAACCUCACUCCCCAUCCUGCUGCGCUCCUGCUGUGAGUACGAGACCUGGCUCGGCAAUGGGUCGGUCGAGAGGGCAAAGCUGACCUUGGGCACUCAAUUCGACCUGGUUGGCAUCACAGAGAGGAUGGAUGAAGGAUUAUUAAGCCUUGGCAAGCUCUAUGGCCUGACAACGGAGCAAGUGGCUGCCGUAGGCCGAAGCAUCCCGCAUGAGCUGGACAACAGCGACAACAAGCUCGAUUGGACCGAAGAAGAGCGUGCACUCGCCACAUUCGUGGCCCAGAAAAGCACGGCAAUCUACGGAUUGGCACAGGAACUUUUCCAGCGCCAGUCCACUGCCCUCUUCGGCAGCGAGGAGAAUCUGCAGGCGGCAGUAGCUGCCUUUAAGGCUCUCAAUCCGGACGAGU